UGGGAGUUUUCUUUCUUUUCUGAAUAACAUCGACAAUAGAGUGGGAAAUUUCUGUCCUGCGAUUGCCUGAACCUGGGCGUGUGGCAGGAGGGCAGCAACUGGAGCUCAGAGGACACCAGAUCACAGGGCAGUGGCCAACCCAAGGCACGGGCCACUGCUGCUCCCCCCGCAGGAUGGCUGGCACUGUGCUCGGAGUGGGUGCUGGCGUGUUCGUCUUUGCCCUGCUCUGGGUGUUGGUGCUGCUGCUGUGUGUGCUGCUGUCCAGAGCCUCCGGGAUAGCCAGGUUCUCUGUCGUUUUUGUAUUCCUCGCUGCUGUGAUCAUCACAUCAGUUCUGUUGCUUUUCCCCCGAGCCAGUGAAUCUCCAGCCGCAGAGGUCGAAAUUAAGAUUGUGGAUGCCUUUUUCAUUGGCCGCUAUGUCCUGCUGGCCUUCCUCAGUGCUGUCUUCCUUGGAGGCCUUUUCUUGGUCCUAAUUCAUCAUGUUCUGGAACCUGUCUAUGCCAAACCACUGAGGUCCUGCUGAGCACUAUGUGGGAAAACCAAGACCCUGUCCUCUUCUUCAUUUUGAUGUCACUGAUGAGCAGAAAGGCAUUAUUCAGAAACUCCUGUUGACAGUCUUCAUGCCCUAAGAUAGAGGAAUAUCCAUUCAUUGCAAAGACAAAUCUCUUGAGUCCUGAUUUCCAGAAACAGGGUUGCAAAUUGUCCCGGGGGAGGCGUGGGUAAGAUUCCCACCAGUGAAAAGGGAUAUUGCUGUCUUCUUAGUAAAUCUACCUCAGGAUUUCCAUCUGUUUUGAAAGGAAAAUAGUAACAGUAAUCGGCUUAGAGUAGAUUUUUCAAUCAAGUUGUUAGUAAGUGGAUUUUGGGGAAAGGAGCACUUUGGCUUCUGCUGUUCAAUAAAAGAACCUGGUCCGUUU